AUGCUCAGUGGAUAAAAGGCUUCUAGUCCCAGCUGGGAAAAUAGUUCCAUUAUCUCCCAGCUGCAUAGACCUUCCAUACGGCUCCGUUCUGCCUCGGUGAACACUGUGCCUUGCUGAGAGCUUGAAACAGUUCUGCAGAAAACUGUAAAGAUCCUGAGACAUUUCCCUGUUAAGAUCUCAGGUGGCUUUGGACCUGCCUUGCCCCGUGCUUUACUUCUUCCUCAUUAAGAUGCAGAGUCGUUCCCUCGGGACAUCUCAAAGUCAGGAUUUACAUGCCUGUAAAGUCCAGAAGGGAGCUGAAAAGGACCUGCCUCGAGUCACCAGAAGGACAGAGCUGUGAACGAGCAGACAGAAGCAGCUCUUCCACUGAAUAUCAAGGUAGUCACAGGAAGACACACUUUACUUUCCACUGAUUGGAUGGGAGGAAUUUUUGACCUUGGAAAGUGGAGAUGGUGUUGCUAUGGAAACUAAUACUUCUGCUGCCAUUCAUGAGCUGCAGCACAGGGGAAGAAACACUACAUGGUCCUAUUUUCAUGCAAGAGCCAUAUGAUAUCACUUAUUCCAUGGGCUCAGUGAAUCCAGAAGUCCUACUGAACUGUACAGCUAAAGGAUUUCCCCUCCCCAGCUACAGGUGGAAGCAAAAUGGCACAGAUAUUGAUCUUACCAUGAGUUAUCACUACAGGUUGGUUGGAGGCAGCUUGGCAAUCAAUAACCCACGUAAAAAACAGGAUAUUGGAACAUACCAGUGUUUGGCCACAAAUUCAUUUGGAACAAUUCUGAGCAGGAAGGCAAAGCUUCAAUUUGCAUAUCUUGAGAACUUUGAAAUGAAAACAAGAAGCACAGUGUCAGUCAGAGAAGGACAAGGAGUGGUUCUGCUCUGUGGUCCUCCACCACAUCACGGAGGCUUGUCUUUUGCAUGGACCUUCAACAAUAACACCUUAUACGUUCAGGAGGACAGACGGCGUUUUGUUUCACAAGAAACGGGAAAUCUGUACAUUGCCAAAGUAGAGCCAUGGGAUGUGGGCAAUUACACCUGUGUGGUGACCAACUCCAAGGCUGGGCAGAGUGUUCAGGGGCCGUCCACUCCCCUCACCCUGCGCAGUGAUGGUGUGAUGGGAGAGUAUGAACCAAAGAUUGAAGCACGUUUUCCAGAAACAACAUACGCAGCAAAGGGCUCAUCUGUUAAACUGGAAUGUUUUGCCCUUGGAAAUCCGGUCCCUAAUAUCAGCUGGAGGAGGUCUGAUGGAAGCUCACUGACAAAGAAAAUCAAACACGGCAAAAACAAAGGAGUUCUUGAAAUCCCAGAUAUUCAGCGAGAAGAUGAAGGCUCUUAUGAGUGCACUGCAGAAAACAUUCGAGGCAGAAACAUUGCAAGAGGUCAAUUAUUUGUCUAUGAACUCCCUGAAUGGGAUAAAAAAAUAGAAAGUGCCUUUCUGUCUCUCUAUGACAGUUUGUUUUGGGAAUGUAAGGCAAAAGGAAACCCAACCCCUUCCUACAGCUGGUUAAAAAAUGGCCAGCCUCUCAUGUCAGAGGAGAGAAUUCAAGUGGAAAAUGGAACUCUUAUCAUACCGAUGCUGAAUAUGUCAGACUCUGGCCUCUAUCAAUGUGUGGCAGAAAACAAGUACAAUACUAUUUAUGCCAGUGCUGAAUUGAGGGUCAUAGCGGCAGCCCCCGAUUUUUCCAAAAAUCCCGUGAAAAAAACAUCUGUUGUUCAAGUUGGUGGUGAAGUCACCAUUGGUUGUAGACCAAGUGCUUCUCCCAGAGCAGCUAUUGACUGGAGAAAGGGCCCCGAGGUGCUGCGCCUGAACAAAAGGGCCCUCUUACUGGAGGAUGGCAGUCUCAGGCUCUACAACAUCACCAAAUCAGAUGCUGGGGUGUACACUUGUAUAGCAACAAAUCAGUUUGGAGUUGCCAGAAAUUCAGGGAACCUGAUUGUGAAAGAAAGGACUGUAAUUACUAUUCCACCUUCUAACAUGGAUGUAACAGUUGGAGAAAGCAUAGUCCUUCCAUGCCAGGUUUCUCAUGACCCCUCCAUAGCUGUGGCGUUCACGUGGUCGUUCAAUGGCAACAAAAUUGACUUCAAAAGAGGAAUGCAUCAUUUUGAGAGAAUUGGAGGAGAAUCUGUUGGAGAUUUGAUGAUAAGAAAUAUUCAACUUCAUCAUACUGGGAAAUAUGUGUGCAUGGUGCAAACAACUUUAGACAGUCAAUCUACAGCAGUAGAUAUAAUUGUAAGAGGUCCCCCAGGCCCACCAGAGGAUGUUAGAGUUGAACAUAUUUCUAGCACUACUGCAGUGUUAUCCUGGAAAUCUGGAAUAGAUAACAAUAGUCCAGUCCAGAUCUACAGCAUUCAGACAAGGACUCCUUUCUCAGUUGGAUGGCAGGCAGUUUCAACAGUUCCUGAAGUCCUCAAUGGUAGGACUCACAAAGCAACAGUGGUUGACUUAAGCCCUUGGGUUGAGUAUGAGUUCCGUGUGGUUGCCAGCAACAGUGUUGGAACUGGGGAGCCGAGCAAGCCAUCAGCUCUACUGAAAACCAAAGCAGCAGUUCCCACAGUGACACCAACAAACGUCAGCGGAGGAGGAGGGAGCCGCUCUGAGCUGAUCAUCACAUGGGAGCCAGUGCCAGAAGAACUACAAAAUGGAGAAGGUUUUGGCUAUAUUGUUAUGUUUCGUCCUCUUGGCUCAACAACGUGGACAAAAGCAGCCGUGGCUCCCGUAGAAGCAAGUAAAUAUGUUUAUAGGAAUGAAAGCAUUACACCUCUGUCUCCUUUUGAAGUGAAAGUUGGCGUCUACAACAAUGAAGGAGAAGGGACCCUGAGCUCCGUAUCCAUUGUCUACUCUGGAGAAGAUGAGCCACAGAUAGCACCAGGAGGCACUUCAGCACUGAGCAUCUCGGCAGCGGAGGUGGAGGUCUCCUGGCAGCCCAUUGCAUGGAACAGGCACACAGGCAGGGUGCUGGGCUAUGAGGUUUUAUAUUGGACAGAUGAUCCCAAGGAAAGCACAGCUGGUAAAGUCAGAGUCAAUGGGAACAUAACAGCCCAAAAUAUCACAGGCCUAAAAGCUAACACAGUGUAUUUUGCAACAGUUCGGGCUUACAACACAGCAGGGAUGGGGCCCUCCAGCGCCCCGGUAAAUGUCACCACUAAAAAGUCACCUCCCAGUCAACCUCCAGCAAAUAUCGCAUGGAAACUGACAAAUUCCAAAAUCUGCUUGAAUUGGGAACACGUGAAAACAAUGGAGAAUGAAUCAGAGGUGCUAGGAUACAAAAUUUUGUACAGACAAAACAGACACAGCAAAGCUCAUAUACUGGAGACAAACAACAAUUCAGCUGAACUCCUGGUGCCAUUUGAAGAAGAUUAUCUCAUAGAAAUAAGAACCAUCAGUGAUGGUGGGGAUGGCAGCAGCAGCGAGGAAAUUAGGAUCCCAAAAAUAUCAAGUUUAAGCUCUGGAGGAAUAAAAUUGUCUCCAAGAGAACUGCAUAUGUUGACAUCUGGGAUCCUACUCUUGAGUUUUGUUCUUAUAUACUCUUUUCCUUCAUGACUGAAGCAAUGGACUCUAAAAAUCGAACUACCUGUAGAUUCUGUCUUAAUACUUUAUCACAACUAAAAUUUCCUGUAAAGAAAAAUAGUGGGGAUGGAGGGGGGGGGGAGACAGAGAUUGUACACAUAUAAGGAAAUGUAAAUAUUAAUAAUGCAUUAAUUUAAAAAUGUAAGCUUUGAAAUUCAUAGAUACAUAGGUACCAAAUAUAACUUGAAAUUGUGAAAAGAGUGAUCUCAAUUUUUUUUUUUUACUAAUUCUUACUGAAACUCCAACUUAAUGGUAUGGUAAAUGUGGAAGAUUUGCACCAGGAGGAAACUGAGAAGAGACUUGAAAUUGCUUGUGAUGUGGAUAUUAAUUAUCUCACGUUCUUCAAUGUAACCUCUAAACAAAAGCCACCAAAAAACAUUUCAAAUAAAUAACAGUUAGUUGUUUACUUUUGGUAUUACAGGAACUACCAUAGAAUGCAUUUUAUGAAGUAUAUUUGCAGGGGAACUGUUAGUUCAGGGCUUCGACUGGUAAUUGAACACCUGGUGAAGGGGUGUGCCUGGCCCAGACAACACAGGCAAAUUGUUUGCACCUGUACUCCCACUUAACCAGAAGGGUAGAGGCCCCCUGGGCUCAGAUAAGGGCCACUGCUGGAAGGAGAGCAUCUCUUGGACUUAGGCUGCUUCCUGAGGAGAUGUGCUGCCUACACAGGGAUCCUUUUCACCAACUGGGGAAAACAAGGGCUGCACCAGAACAGAGGAUGUCUUUCAGGAUGCUCCCACUACUGUAUCUUGGUGAUACUGUUGUGAUGUCUGCGUUGGCUGUGGCACAUUUCUGUGAUAACUGCAGUAAAGCCACGUAAUCACAACCAUUGAAGAGAGCCCAAGAAGGAUCAUGUAGGUUGUUGCCAAAGCUACUUUUAUUACUGACCAAAAAAAGAGAUCAAGCAAGAAAACAUUGAAUCAGACAUGGAUUGAAGCCAUGCAACCAGGAAGAAUUUGCCCUAGAUAGUGAUGAAAUUAACAUAAACCAUAAACAAAAUGAAGACACUUGCUAUUUUCACAUUCCCGUUUUGAAAUGAAAGUAAAGCAGAACAAACAAGAAACUAAAAUCAUAUGUAAAGUCUACAAUAUGUUUCUGCCUCAGAGCUGCAAUAACGAAGGCUCCUUCUUCUAAAGGAGCAAUCUUCAGCAGCUUCAUAUGUUUGACCCUGACUAAGUUUUGCAAUGAUGAAAGGAAGAAACAGAGGAGCUUCAGCCUCACCUUGGCAUAAUGAUCUAUUUUCAGGCUUUUCAUAAGAUCUAGAACCACCAGAAGUAGGAGCAGGAGAAGGCAAGAGAGGAAAGAG